AUGGGCGCGGCGAAGCUCCACGAGUGGGUCGCGUCGCCGGCCGUCGUCACCUGCGUCGCUUUGGGCCCGCGGAGCCACCAGGUGCUCGCCUCCGGCGGCGAGGACAAGCGCGCCAACGUCUGGCGCCUGCGGCCCGGCGACCCGGGCGCGCAGAACGUCUGGAGCCUGGGCGGCAACUCGUCGCCGAUCAGCUGCCUGUGCUUCGACGACGCGGAGAACACGCUCGUGAGCGGCGCGCAGGGCGGCAGCGUCCGGCUCUACGACUUGACCGAGGGCCGGUGCGCGCGCGCGCUCAACGGCCACCGCAACGAGGUGCUCUGCUGCCACACGCACCCCUUCGGCGACUUCCUCGCGUCCGGCGGCGCCGACGAGGCCGUGCGCGUCUGGGACGCGCGGAAGAAGUCCUGCAUCCAGACGUACAAGGGCCACGGCGGCGAGGUCGACUCGCUCAAGUUCUCGCCCGACGGCCGCUGGAUCGCGUCGGCGAGCCGGCGCGACGGGCUCGUCCGGCUCUGGGACCUGACGGCGGGGAAGCUGCUGCGCUCCUUCGCCGCGAAUGAGAAGUCGGGCACCUGCCGCGCGACGAGGCUCGAGUUCUCGCCCUUCGAGUUCGUGCUGGCCGCCGCGUGCUCCGACCGGCGCGCGCGCCUCUUCGACCUGGAGACCUGGAGCGAGCUCGCCUGCACGCCGCCGGAGACCGCCAACGCCAAAGCGCUCUGCUUCUCCCGGUCGGGCAAG